AUGCCUAAACUCGAGGAUAUAGAAGACAUCGAAGAUGUCGACGAUUUGGAUAUGGAUUUGGCCGAGUUCGACCCUGACUUGAGAACUCCUAUUGCUCCUGCCAAGCCCAAACCAAGUGUGGUGAGAAGUCAAGACCAGGAACCCCAAGGUUUUCAGCCUCCGUUCAACAGCGAGACAUCUGACAUUCGCCAGCAAAUGAGGACCCACGACCAACUUUCAGAGGAAGAACUGGCUGAGCUGAAAAGCAUGCAGCUGAUAUACCCGUGCUAUUUUGACCUGAACCGUUCAGUGAAGGAGGGGAGACGGGUGCCCUUGGACCACUGUGUUGAAAACCCUCUUGCGAAAACUAUUUUGGACGCAUGCCGCCACCUAAACCUAACAGCUGUGCUGGAACCUGAAAAAUCCCACCCACAAGAUUUUGGAAACCCAGGAAGAGUCAGAGUGGGGCUUAAAUUCAAAGGCCAACAAGUCAGUCCUGCCAUUAGAACUAAGAGAGGUCUAUUACUCAAAAUUUCUGAAUACCUGGAAAAUCAUCCUACCACUUUGGACACUGUCAAGGAGCUUCCAGGUCCGCCAGAGCUAAUGCAGGGGUACGAGCCUAUGGAGGUGAGUAAGGUAAAGAAGUUCAAGAUGAACACUAUUGUUCCACUACAUUCUCCGUUGACGAUGAAAAAUCCUCAAACGGCGUCGGCAUACAUCAAGACCCCACAAACAGAGACAUCUACGCCCAAGAUUCCAAAGCCAAAGGUGCAGAGAAUCAGAGCAUAA